AUGGGAGUUUUGAGAAGUGAGUUUAUGUCUCACGGCACUCUUGUGCUACCUCACGAGUGGGCGAGAGAUUAUGUAGAUUUACUCGGUCAUAAGACUCAAAUUAUGUUUGAGGAUAUGAACUCUUCUGUUAUGCAGAGGCCUUAUCGCCGCUAUAUUCAGCGCAUUGAGGAGAUGGAGCGUAUGGUUCGUUUCCUGAGCAAGGAGGUUGAGAACAUGCCAAAUGUCCGAGUCAGCAAGAACC